UAUUUACAGUAAAGUUUACAGGAUCACAUCAAAGUGAGUUUAUUCUGGAUUAUUUUUGCCUGUUUUUGAUUGACCCUUGUAAUGGAGUAUUAAUAAUGUGGGAAUCUGAAAAUCAAUCUGAUUCUAGUGGUCUAAGGUCUGCUUCUUGUGCUGUGCUCUUUGAGUCUCAUGUGUGUGUGUGUGUGUGUGUGUGUGUGUGGUACUAACAGCUGUGCUCCCAUGCUGCUGUAGGUGGCAUUGCACAGCAUAUUGAAAUAUAGGUGUUGGCACUUUUCACAUGCAAAAUCCUCAAUGCAAGCAUCUUACAAUGGGACCCGACUUUUCAACUGUUAUAUACAGGAAAUAAUCCCUUAACCCAAGUAUGAUGUCAUAUUUCUAUUAAACAUGUGCAUAUGGCAGUGAAGAAUUAAAAAAAAAAAAAAAUUAAUAGAAAAUGUCUAUAACAUGCUAUCCCACAUGGCAUACCUUUUUAUAUAAUUUUUCUAACUAAAUAGAAGUAGUUUUUUUGUGAUUUUGUGUCCUGGUAGUGAGUUUUUUUUUUACACCUCUCAAAAAACAAAUUGAGAUAAGAGUGGAUCUCUUAAGGGGGUAAAAACACAGGGACCCAAGAUAGAACAGAUUACCACAAAGGAAAGUGAACUAUAACAGACAUGCCCUGGAGUGCUUUGCUGCUGUGUGUCUAGGCAGGGUAGCAACAAGUGCAGAUUCCCCAGCGUGGAAACAAUAUUCCUUAACAGCUGCUCUUCAUCUCCUGACUUUCAAGACUACCACAGGGAUGCCGAGCCAUGCUUCUUCAGACAUGAUCUAGCUCUGUUAAAACAUGUAGUGCUUGUUCUGAACUGCAAAAAUUAGCCAUGAUGCCCUACAUGUGGAAUUCUAGUUAAGAGAACGCUGUGAGUGUGUGAGGUUCCCUUUUUUUUUUUUUUAAUUUGUUCCAGGUUUCAAGAUGAACUCGCUGUGUGUUCUGUAAUACACAGCCUGAAGGAUCAGAGAAGCAGAGCUCUUGUGUUUUUGCACGACCACGUUUGCAGCAGGGAUGGACCCGGCUGAUUCGUUGAGGAUGGAGAGCCUGUAUCCAGAACUUGUUUCCCUGACCGCUGAGCCGGAGCUCCUGGGAUCGGGGGUGGCAGGGGCCGGGCCCCUCUCCCUGCUGUCUGUGCUGAAGGAGGAGGAGGAGGAGGAGGAGGGAGGGGGCUUCACACUGCCAGAGCACAGCCUGCUCCACUCCCACAACACCUGUAUGUCCGAAGUGGACUGGAUGGGAGAAGAUAUGGACAUUCACCUCCUGGACUCCCUCAUAGAGGACACUCCAGUGUUCUCUCCGGCUCUGAUGCAUGCUGUGGAGAGAACCUCGAAACUCCCUCCUCCUCCUCCUCCCGCUGCUCCCCGGGCCCUCAUCGAACCAGAAGCCGAGCCGACAUGUCUGAGCUUGCCCUCCACAACCGUUCAGGUGGCUCCCUAUGCCCCACCUCUACCCCCUCAUGUGCCCGCGGCGACAGCAGGCAGCACCCCUGUGAUUAAUUAUCCCAAUGACACUGCAGAGCUAACAGGCAGCCAACUGCCUGAUACAGUGGAAAUCAAGGAGAUUCGGUGCAAUUCUUUAUUUGUAAUUGACGGUUUGCUGGUGCCUAUAAGAGACCAGGGCUCGUGUGUUCUAGCAGUAGAACCCUCCCCCCACUCCCCUAAGAGGGGGGGGAGCUUGCUGAGGUUUCAGACGGUUGCCUGCUCUUCCGCCCCCUCUUCUUCCCUGGGCAGCAAGUUUAAGAAGAAGGAACAGAAUAAAAAGGCAGCGACGCGGUACAGGCAGAAGAAGAGAGCCGAGAGAAGCUUGAUGGAAAGUGAGUGUUAUGAGCUGGAGUGCAGGAAUCGGGAGCUGAGAGAGAGGGCGGAAUCGAUAGAAAGUGAGAUCCAGUGUCUGAAAGAGUUGCUGGAGGAGAUACAGCAAACAAGGACUAGUGUGGGGGCGUCUGCUCCUGCAAACCAGAUGGGGCUUCAGAAAGUGCCUCAUUGAAAGGCUUUUUCUUAAGCUGCAAAAAACACUGAUUAGUGAAACUGUGGCUGCUUUUUAAUAUUGCCUGAAACCUGUGCUGAUUGUAUUACUGACCGUUGUCGUUGAGCAUAGAACUUAAAAAGGACUGUCUCUUGUUGUGGCGAAAGCUGUCAUUGGCGUCAGUUUGUUACUCAUUUCAUUGAAAACUAUAAUGUGAUUGUAGGUAUGACACAGUCCUGUGAUAUUGGACGUGAACGCAAGUUUUAAAUGUGUAUGCAAUUAAUAAAGACAUGGUUGCCAUAUCGAACUUGGUUUCCCCAUUCCAGAAUGUGAUCCUUCAUCUCCUGGCUUCUCUAGUGCAGAGCAG